AAUAUAAAAAUUGGAGAGAGAGAAAGAGGGGUUGAAUUUUCUAAAACAAGAAAUGUGAUAUAAUUAAGAUAGAAUUCUAAAUAUAACAUGAGAGGAAGUAGGGUGGUAUAUUAUUCUCUACCGUUAUUUUUUUUUUCUUCUCUUUUGUCUCUGGAAAUAGCCCUAUUUAUAUUCUUGAAAUUAGGCAAUAGAAUAUUAAUAAUAAUCAUGUCCACCAUGAACCUCAUCUUCCUCUCUCUCCUCUUCUUCUUCUUAUUAUCUUACUCAUCAUCAGCCAACAAUGAUAAUCCGGUUCCACCAACAUCAUCGCCAUCGCCAUCGCCAACGCUAACGCCAUCGCCAAUCAUCCAGCAAGCAUGCAAAGCCACCCGUUUCGUAGAAUCAUGCUUGACCACAAUGGCAAAGCAUGGAGAGGAAGUAGGACCCAACGCCUCUCCAAUUCAAGUUAUUCAAGCAGCGUUAAAAGUAGUCGCUGAUAAUCUCCACAUUGCCAAUUCAAUGGUUGAAUUUAUCGCUAAUUCACCAACUAAUAACAAGCACUUGGAAAAGGCCACAAAGAGUUGCCUUGAGACAUUUCAAAACGCUAAUUACCGUAUAUCUAUAGCCAAUUCCUCAUUACCAAGUGGGAAUAUAAAAGAUGCACGUGUGUGGAUGAGUGCAUCACUAAUGUACCAACAUGGAUGUUGGUCUUCCCUAAAAAAUUCCAAUGACACCCAAAUAUUGGUCACUCAAACCAUGUCUUUUGUGUCUUCUUUGGCUGAAUUAUCAAGCAAUGCACUUAGCAUGAUGGCAUCUUACGACCGCUAUGGUCAAGACAUGUCAGCAUGGGCCCCACCCAAAACCGAGCGAGACGGAUUUUGGGAGAACACUACUACUACUCCUACGACGUCAUUGGAUCUUGGUUUUCGAGGUGGGUUCCCGUCAAAUUUAACGGUGGACGUGACAGUGUGUAAAGACGGGAGAAACGGUUGUUACAAAACAAUACAAGAUGCCGUUAAUGCUUCGACAGAUCUUAGCAUUAAAAAGUUUGUUAUACAUAUAACGGCUGGUGUUUAUGAGGAGAUUGUGAGGGUCCCAUUUGUGAAGCAGAAUAUUGUGUUCAUAGGGGAUGGUAUGGGCAAAACUGUUAUUACUGGUUCACUUAAUGUUGGUCUCAUGGGACUUACCACAUAUGAUACUGCUACAGUUGGAGUUGUUGGGGAUGGGUUCAUGGCGAAAGGCAUAACCUUCCAAAACACAGCCGGAGUUGAUGCACACCAAGCUGUAGCAUUCAGAUCAAGCAGUGAUCAUUCAGUGAUUGAGGAAUGUGAAUUCAUAGGAAACCAAGACACUCUUUACGCUCACUCACUUCGCCAAUUCUAUAAAUCAUGUCGCAUCCAAGGCAACGUAGACUUCAUCUUUGGAAACUCUGCUUCAUUUUUCCAAGACUGCCAAAUCCUAAUAGCUCCUAGAGUAGACAUUUCUGAGAAAGGGGAGAAGAAUGCAGUAACUGCCCACAGUAGGAGGGACCCUGCACAGUUUUCUGGCUUUGUUUUCCAUAAUUGCUCCAUUAAUGGCACUGAAGAAUACAUCAAGUUGUAUAAGAGCAACCCUAAAAUCCACAAAAGCUACUUGGGAAGGCCAUGGAAAGUAUAUUCGAGAACAGUUUUCAUACGAUGUAACAUAGAAGAGUUGAUCACGCCUCAAGGAUGGUUGGAAUGGGAUAAUGAUGUUGGUUUGAAUACGCUUUUCUAUGGAGAAUUUGAAAAUACUGGAAAAGGGUCAGACCUAUCCCAAAGAGUGCAAUGGAGUAGCCGAAUUCCACCUGAACAUGUUAAUGCAUAUUCAGUUCGAAAUUUCAUCCAAGGACAUGACUGGAUUCCUACAAAUUAAUAAUAAUGAUAGUAUCCACAUACGAUUUCUAAUUUAUAUCCUAAUCGUAUUUUAGGAUGUCCUAACUAAUUUGUUUUCAUGUUUGAAGGUUAAUAAUGAUUGAUUACUUUUUUAAAAUAAUAAAAAAAAAAAAGAUAAUGAUAAUAAUGAAAGAACCAUAUAAAUAUAUAUAUGGGAAGAAAUUUUGAAUA